GGUUGCCCUUUUGCCCAUUCUUGGUGAGUAAGCCCAGCCUUUGCCGUUUCCGUAGCAGUGGCAUGGUCUGGUGUAAGUGCAGCAGGACCCAUGAUAUGUGUUAAUUGGAAUUCAUUGUGGAGAAGUGAUUCGGUGACGGGCCUGCAGUGCGGCCGGGCUGGGCUGAUGGGAAUAAAGAAUGGCAAUGGAGCAGGAGGGCUCGCUGUAGGAAUAAUAGAGUGCCACUUAUAAGAUAAAAUGAGACGCGUGGUGCGACAAAGCAAGUUCCGGCACGUCUUCGGGCAAGCUCUGAAGAACGACCAAUGCUACGAUGAUAUACGGGUCUCACGUGUUACUUGGGACAGCUCUUUCUGUGCUGUCAACCCCAACUUUGUUGCCAUAAUUAUUGAAGCAAGUGGUGGGGGGGCCUUUCUGGUGUUGCCUCUACAAAAGUCUGGAAGAAUUGACAAAUCCUACCCAACAGUAUGUGGCCACACAGGACCAGUGCUGGACAUUGACUGGUGUCCACACAAUGACAAUGUUAUUGCCAGUGGCUCUGAAGAUUGCACAGUCAUGGUAUGGCAGAUCCCAGAGAAUGGCUUGACUAUUCCACUCACGGAUCCUGUGGUGGUGCUGGAAGGACAUUCCAAGCGAGUUGGCAUUGUCACGUGGCAUCCAACUGCGCGUAAUGUAUUGCUUAGUGCAGGAUGUGAUAACGCCAUCUUCAUUUGGAAUGUGGGCACUGGAGAGGCCAUGUUUAACUUGGAAGAUAUGCACAAUGAUAUGAUCUACAGUGCAUGCUGGAACCGUAAUGGAAGCCUUAUCUGCACAGCCUCUAAAGACAAGAAGCUUCGUGUAAUAGAUCCACGCAAGAUGGAAGUGGUAUCGGAGAAAGAUAAAGCUCACGAAGGUGCCCGGCCUAUGAGAGCAAUCUUUUUAGCUGAUGGAAACAUCUUUACUACAGGGUUCAGUCGUAUGAGUGAACGUCAGCUAGCACUGUGGAAUCCAAAAAAUAUGGAAGAGCCAAUUGCACUACAUGAAAUGGACACUAGCAAUGGAGUUUUGCUACCAUUUUAUGAUCCAGACACAAGUAUCAUUUACUUGUGUGGAAAGGGUGAUAGCAGUAUUCGGUAUUUUGAAAUCACAGAUGAGUCUCCAUAUGUUCACUACCUCAACACAUUCAGCAGUAAGGAACCACAGCGAGGGAUGGGCUAUAUGCCAAAGAGAGGGUUGGAUGUCAACAAGUGUGAAAUUGCCAGGUUCUACAAAUUGCAUGAGAGGAAGUGCGAGCCAAUCAUCAUGACUGUUCCCAGGAAGUCUGACCUUUUCCAAGAUGAUCUUUACCCUGAUACUGCUGGACCAGAGGCUCCUAUAGAGGCAGAGGACUGGUUUGAUGGGAAAAACGCAGACCCCGUAUUGAUUUCCCUAAAGCAGGGGUAUGUGCCAACCAAAGGCAGAGACCUUAAUGUGGUUAAGAAGAAUAUCCUUGGCAGCAAGCCAGCAGCCCAUAAAAAGGCUGAACCAGCCAGCACCCCCAAAAAGAUGACUGAAACUCCCCAUCCAGCAAGUGAUGGCAAGAUGGAUGACGUCAUGAAGGAACUUCGGUCAAUGAAAGAGACCAUUCGGUACCAAGGGGAAAGGAUUGCCAAGCUAGAACAAUUAGUUGCCAGUCUCAACACCAAUGAUGAGUCAGAAGAAUGAGCAGUCCAUAUUCCUGAAUAAGCUGGAGGAUCCCACUGCCAGAACAGAUUCCCUUCACAUUCCUCCAGGCCCAAAUGAUCAGCAUUCCGAGAAAACAGACCAUUCCCUUUAUUUCACUGAGACUUUCCAAAUACCCCCUUGAACCAGGUGCCUCUCUUAAGACCCUAAUUGUGCCACUUCAGAAGUAUUGCUUGAGAAUCCAACUUCUGAGGUGUCAUAAUCCACAUUUCAGCUCGUAUUUUCUUUCUUAAACAAGACCAUAUUCCAAAGGAAGAAAUAUAGACCAACAUCCCCCCCCCCCACUCAUACAUUAAAAGCCAAGUUUUUUUUUACCCUUAGCUAUAAAGUGUUACAUGACAAUAUUUUCCUGAUUCCACCAUCAGUACAAUAUAUAGAGAUUUUUUUUAAUUAUCAUUUUUGUUCUGAAAUUGAUUUUCAGGGAAGGUGAUAUAGAGGUGAUAUAGAUGGACCAAUGCCACACUAUUUUGUUUUCUUUUGCCAAAAAGACCUUUCUGUGAGGUUGUUAUAUUGGGACCAUGCAUCUUAUAUUUUUUAUUUUUAAUGUAAAGCAGAAAGCACUGUGUUACACUGUCUGGAAUUGCGAGAAUAGUAAUUACCCAUAACAGCUUCAUGAGUUUUAUAUAAAUCUUUUUGCUAUUAUUGUGUAGAAGAGUUUCUUUUGGACUCCGUGUCUGUGUGGGGGGGGGGGAGAGUUUGAGAGACCAUUUUUUUUAAAACAUGUAUUAAAACAGAAUGCAAUUAACAAGCCCUGUAUGCCUCACAAAAACAGGGGAGGGAUGUAUAUUCUGAUUUGGUGUUCCGCUGCUUUCUCUUGCUUCUGAGAGGGCUGAGACUUGGCAUUCCUAGAGUCACAAUACUGAAACCUUUAAAUGAUGCAUAAGCCAGCACAAAUUCCACAUUGCUUUCCGAUUUUAAGGUGGUUUUGUCCUCUUUAAAACAGAUAAAAUAUUCAUUUGAUUGGUGCACAUUUUACAGUCGUGCUUGUGUGCCACUAGAGACUAAAACACUGAUUUAUGAUUUUAGCUCUAGUGGCUUUGCAAAAUGUCAGGCUGCACAAAUUAAUUUGCUUAAGGUUUUUCCAUGUGUUUCUUCUAACUUUCAGGCCUUUAAUAAAAUCAGAAAAUCCAUAGUACCAACUCGUAUUACAGUAGCUUCCAUUCAUGCUAAUGAAUGGAUCUCCAGCUGCUCUUUAGGAAAAGUCUCCAUUCACAAAAACUGAGUUUUGCACAUGUUAUAAGUAUGGAUGGUCCAAUGUAGACUGAUCCCGAUAUGCUACCCCUUUACUGCGAUAUGUGUAGUCAGACAUUCACAGCCUGGGAAGCGGUUUGUGUUGACAUGUUAGACUUCUGUCUGAAACGUUAAAGCUGAUCAUACACAGAAACGUCCAUUUGUAUGGUGAGGUCACCAGGCAAGGAGGGAUAUUGGCCACCCACAAAUCAAGAUUUAUUAUUGUGUAAUUCUCCUGAAUGACAAAGGAAAUUCCUUUUUGAUGGCUUGGUGCAGGAGACUGGUGACCUCCAGGUGCAUGACUUAUUUGAUGUUCUGUACAGAAACAAGAGCAUUUGCUUGCUGUUGAAUAAAGCAUAACCAUACUUUAAAAAGAUAGCAUUACCUUGACUAGCAAGGGAAAUUGCUAAUCCUGUAAUCCUAAAUGGUUCUCUUGCAUAAUGACGGCAAAAAAAAAAAAAAAAGCGAGUAUGAUUUGAUUCUUGUAUGUUUGGUUUCAUGUUAGAUUAAAGGUAUUCAUCCAGGAUAAAAGUAGUAUACUGUCACUUUCUGCAAUUUACACAAGGCCAUUGAGUUGUUUCUAUGUCCACGUGGCAAAUGAAAUAAUGCAUUUACUAUUUUUACUUUUAUCUCUAAAGGGAUAGUUAUAGGCUGGCAUCAAUAAAUAUCAAGUGACAUGUAAGUGGGCAUCAAGCAAAAAUAUGUAGGUAUAGAAAGGGAAAAGCAGCACUAUGGUUAGCAAUUCAUUUUAUUAUUUGUCAUUUGUUACUAUAGUAUAUUCCUAUCUUCCAGCUUAACAGACUGAAUUUUAUUGUGUAUGAAAACUUGGUGCAAUAACAAAGUAUACUGUAAGACUAUAUUACUUACGUUAUUGUUUCAUCAAGCUUAUACUGCAGAGACAUAGGCAGAACCAGUCCCAGUAUUAUGGAUACAUAAAUAUUGAAAAAGAAAGCAAAGAAAUGGUUAUAGGUUGAAACAAAACCAGGAACAUUGAGGUAAUCCCAGGCCUGUUACAUGGGAGGUUAUGGUUUCUCAAACAACAGAAAUUAUAUUAAUAGUUGCUGUGCAAUGACAAAUACAUUACUUAAUUAUCCCUUUAAGGACUGAUGUUCAGUAUGAUUGUUCAUGUAUGUUACUUAUUGGAUGAGGCAGAGUUGGGCUUUAAAGAAUGUUUUGGACCACGAAACACACCUGUUUUUAGUUAUACAACUAAAAAUGCAUGUUUUAUUAGCCUGCUUCUUGUUUGUUAGAGAAAAGUGAGCAACACAUGUAGCUUUGAAACCCACAUAGUGAUUUCAGUCACAGAGAUCUGUUUCCUUGCUAUGUAGGGAUCACUGCUGCCAUUUGUUGGGCAGAGCUAUAGCAAGCUUUGUGCCGAUAUGUUGGAUUUGUACUAAGCCCCAUGAGAGAAGUUGCUGCUUGUUGCUAAGUAAAUUGGCUUUUAAUAGUGAUAAGCAAAAUUUUUCAGCAGAUGGGUUUGUGGCAAAAUUCUUGUUUUCGUGCCAUCUGCAAGUUUUUGCAGCUGAAGGUUUCCCUUCCAUGCAAUUUAUUAACCAAAAAAAAAA